AUGGCAAACGAUUUAGUACGAGCAUCAAAAACAAAAGCGAAGUCGCUCAGUUUGAGCUGUAGAAAAAUGACGAACCUGCCAGAAGACUUUGCUAGGUUGACAUGGAUUGUGAUAUUAAAGUUAAAUAACAAUUACCUGUCGGAUUUGCCAUCUGAACUGCAUUGUUUACAACAGUUGACAGAGCUCAAUCUGGGCAAUAAUGCUUUUGAGGAGGUGCCAUCUGUUUUAGCUCACCUCUGCUGUCUGAAGAAACUCUAUUUAUAUGGGAACAAAAUCAGGCAUUUGUCCUCACAGGUUCUGGAGGGUCUUCCAAACCUUGUGCUUCUUAAUUUGAACCACAAUCAAAUUAAAGUCAUUCCUUCAGAAAUAAAGCUGCUUGCUAAUCUAGAAAGUCUAAGUGUCACACACAAUCAUUUGGAGCAUAUUCCAGUUGAAUUCGGUUCGAUAAAGAGUUUGACUGAGAUUAACUUUACAAAUAAUAAACUGACUGGAAUACCACAGCAGUUAUACAGUUUAUCACGGUUGAGGAAGUUGUACUUGGCCCGAAACAACCUGACUGAACUACCAGAGGGGGUUCUUGGUUGGAAAAAUCUCAAGAUCUUAGAUGUCGCUGGAAAUCAUUUAUCUGUCUUUCCAGUCGGUUUUCAGCUUCUCACACUGGACGAGUUGUUCUUUGAAGGAAACUGUUUAGUACCAUUUAUGGCGAUGGAGUCCAUUCAAGAGAAAGAAAUCCUUUCGUUAAAGGAACUCUCAGCCCGGCUAAUUCUCAGAGAGGGUACACAUAUAUUCUCAGUGCUCUCUAGGGCUCUACCUUUUUAUCCGGAACUUCAGGACCUGCUGUCUCACUGGGGACAAUGUGCUGUGUGCUCACAACCUUUUCUUACCACCUGGCUGGAGUGUGUGCAGUUUAUAAACCUUAGGAAGCAUAUGGAUAUGAAAAGCUCCGAGGUCAUACCGGUGAGAGUUUUACUGUGUUCCCACGACUGCUUCAACAGGAAUGAUCACCGAUACUACGGGCUGGUGCGGAUGUAACUCACAAAUGUGCGACUGACAAUGAUCAUUCUUCUAAAUCUCUAUUUAUUAGAAAGAAUUAAUAUUUGAUGUUUCUGCAUUACGCCAGCAGAUGGCAACAUUUGAUCACUGGCUUUCUUUGAUCAGUCUG